AACCCAUCAUUUCGGGCGAUUAUUUAAUACAUAGUUGUAUGAAUUGAUUUCGCUAUAUCAGUUGGUAGAGAAAUAUUACGUAAAAAAAAUAUUGCAUAAUCGGCCUAGUUGUCGAUCGGCCAUUUUCGCAUUUCUUCGUCUCAGCGAUCACAUGCGUCUCUUCGACAUCGCAGUUGUUUCAUUUGCGCCAUUUUGUCCGCUCACUUUGGUGAUUGGGCUUUAGAACCACGUACUGGAGCCAAUCAGAGGGAUACCGGACAGCGAAGAAACGGAAAGGUUAAAACUAGCCGGCUGAACAUGGAGUACACCACCGCCACAACCUCGACCGGAGAGCAGAUAGUCGUGCAGACGUCCAACGGACAGAUUCAGCAACAGACUCAGGGCACGGUGACGGCUGUUCAGCUGCAGACGGACGCGCCCGUAGUGACGGCCUCUGGCCAGCAGGUGCAGACGCUCCAGGUAGUCCAGGGCCAGCCACUGAUGGUGCAGGUGAGCGGAGGUCAGCUGAUCACAUCGUCAGGCCAACCCAUCAUGGUCCAGGCCAUGGGAGGAGGACAGGGACAGACCAUAAUGCAAGUCCCUGUGUCUGGAGGGCAGGGCCUUCAACAGAUCCAGCUGCAGGGAGGACAGCAGAUCCAGCUGCAGAACGGUCAGACCAUCCAGCUGGGUGGACAGCAGAUCCAGUUACAGAAUGGUCAGACCAUCCAGUUGGGAGGACAGCAGGGACAGCCACAGCAGAUCAUUAUCCAGCAACCGCAGCAAGCCAUCACAGCCGGACAGAACCAGGGCCAGCAGAUACAGCUGCAGCAGGGUCAACAGCUGGCUCAGACAGCUGAUGGACAGACCAUUGUCUACCAGCCAGUCAACGCAGACGGCACCGUCCUGCAACAGGGAGUCUGCUUCUCCUCAGGUAUGAUCACCAUCCCGGCCGGGAGCCUGGCGGGGGCCCAGAUCGUUCAGGGCGCCAACACCACCACCACCAACAGCGGCCAGCAAGGCACCGUCACCGUCACCCUGCCCGUUUCAGGCAACAUGAUGAACGCUGGUGGUAUGGUCAUGAUGAUGCCCAGUGGGGGGGCGGUUCCUGCCAUGCAGCGCAUUCCUCUCCCUGGUGCCGAGAUGUUGGAGGAGGAGCCUCUGUAUGUCAAUGCUAAACAGUACCACCGCAUCCUCAAGAGGAGGCAGGCCCGUGCCAAGCUGGAGGCAGAGGGCAAGAUCCCCAAGGAGAGGAGGAAAUACCUGCAUGAGUCCCGUCACCGGCAUGCCAUGCAGCGCAAAAGGGGCGAUGGAGGACGCUUCUUCUCACCCAAGGAGCGGGAGGAGAUGGCCCUGGCCUUGGCCCAGCAACAGGCCGAGCUGGCAGCCCAGGCAGGAGAAGACUCCGUAGCCCAAAUGGUCCGUGUUUCGUAGCGCCUGCACCCCGCAGCCACGCUUCGCCUACCCCCUCCCCUGUGUCACCCCCUCCACCCAACACCCAGCUACGCCACCAGGAUUGCCAACAGCCACAUACUCUCCUUCGAAUGCGAAUAGUAACCGGUUGGAUUUAAGUGGCGUUUUUCUGGAUCACAAUUUACGAGGGAACCCCAACGCAUCUGCCAUCACUGACCUAUCAUUUUCUGGCUCCUUGGUGACUUCACGGCAGCCAUUUCAUACCCAAAAUGUAUAAAACUGUGACCUCCCAACACCUCCUGGUCCUUACUGAACCACGUUAUAAACAAAAACUGUGGUUCCUCCAUAAUGGUGUCGCUUUGAAUUAACUAUAACCCCUUGACACCCCAACUUCUAGACCCAGCUCUGUGAAUGGCUGCAGUGCCUGAUGGUAUUGCGGCACGGCGCAAGAAAGAUGUGAAACAUUGGUUUUUCUGGAACUGUUGCAUUGUGGGCCUGUAUAUGAUCUAGGAUCUGUCCGUAUUAUCAUAUUUAAUAUGAUCAAAGGCAAAACUGAAAACUGAUCUUAGAUCGGUAUCUCUGUUCUUUUUUGUUGUUGUUGUUGUUUUACAUAAUACUUGGUCAAUUUCCAGAAGAGAUAGUAAAUACUUUGUUUGUACAGCAGAGCAUUUCUUUUCUAUGUUUCGAAUGUUUUAUCGAGUGAUAGUACAUUCAGUUUUGCCUCUUUUGCCAUUUUGUUAAAACUUUCUACAUCAUAGAAGCCAAGCAUACAGAUUCUAAACUUAAACAAUUACACAUAUUUGAAAAAUUAUCUUUGUUACUACAUGUUUGGAAGCACUUCUCAACCAGGUCCAAUUCCAAUUGUAGAACUUUAUUUAGUUUAUUUACUGAAUUGAAAUGGAAUUGGCCCCAACCCUGCUUUUUAGUGAGUUUUCGGUAUUGUUGUUUGUACAGGGAUUGUAUUUUAUACAACCUUUUUCAUGAGAAAAUGAUGUUUGUAGCACGAUGGACAACACAUUUAUUUAGCAUUUGUGUCUGGCAAUGUACUGUGCCUGUUUAACUUACUAUUAAGGGUCUUUGUUUGAAAAGUCACUUUUAUAUUCUGAUGCAUUUUUGUUUUUCUGUAAACUCUUGAAUGCAACCCGUUUAUUAAAUUUUAUUAAGUUCA